AUGCAAUUUUACAUUUAUAGGCUGAUCGCGAUGGAACGUGGUAUUGCCGUUGUGGAUUGUUCUUGGAAGAGAAUCGAUGACACCCCUCUGCAUAAAGCCCAAGGAAGCUAUCCUAGGCUUUUGCCAUACUUGGUAGCUGCCAACCCCGUCAACUAUGGCAAGCCUUGCCAGCUGUCGUGCGCUGAGGCUUUAUGUGCAGCACUUUACAUUUUAGGCAGGUACUUUUCAGAUUUUAGUUUUUCGGAUGAUGCGAAUGAACUGAUUUCGAAAUUCAAGUGGGGACACGGCUUCAUGUCGUUGAAUGAAGUCAUGCUGAAGGUGUAUGCGUCUUGUUCUUCCCCGGCAGAAAUUAUUAGAGCUCAGAGUGAUUACCUCCAGCGCCUGAGAAAGGAGGACGAAAAUCGUCGAUCUUCCACAAAGUAUGAUCUGCCGUCAACUAGCAGCAGCUCUUCAGACUCUGGUUCGUGA